UGGGUUGAAAGCCAGGGUGGGCGUUAGGCCCGGGCCGCUGGUAUCCGUGAGGGACGUGCCUGGAAUGACGCGCUCACGGUCCUUUCUCGGCAUGGUCCCCUGCUCCCGUGGGCGUGUUUCAGCUGGCGCUCACGUGGCCUCUGGCGUCCGAGUUCAGAACUAGUGCUUAGCUUGGUCGUAACGCAAGCAAGCAACCCGCCCCCAGGCGGCAGCGCAUCCUGUGCUAGUGACGGUGUUUGCGCCGGAAACGUCCCAUGAGAGGAAUCGGAGGCCUCCUUCACGGCGUCAACAAGUCUUUUAUGUUUUUAUUUGUAAAUGUUUGUCAGAGUGAUGAUGCGGGUGUGCUGGUUGGUGAGGCAGGACAGCGGGCACCAGCGAAUCAAACUUCCACAUUCAGAAGCAGUUGUGAUUGGGCGUGGUCCGGAGACCAGGAUCACUGAUAAGAAAUGUUCUCGGCAGCAAGUACAGUUGAAAGCAGAGUGUAACAAGGGAUAUGUCAAAGUAAAGCAGGUAGGGGUCAAUCCCACCAGUAUUGACUCCGUCAUAAUUGGGAAGGACCAAGAGAUGAAACUGCAGCCUGGCCAGGUUCUCCACCUGGUGAAUGAACUUUAUCCAUAUAUUAUAGAAUUUGAGGAAGAGUCAAAGAGCCCUGGCCUAGGAACGCACAGGAAGAGAAAGAGGUCAGGCAGCAGUGAUUCUAUAGAAAGCAGUGCUGCUCAAGUAGCUGCCUCUGGGCCAGGGAAGGAACCUAGGAGCAAUCCAAGCCAAUGCUCUGUGCCCCCCGAGGAGAAAGGUACAUCUACCAAAAAGGAAUCACUGAGCCACUGGAGUCAAGGCUUGAAGAUUUCUAUGCAGGACCCCAAAAUGCAGGUUUACAAAGAUGAGCAGGUGGUGGUGAUUAAGGAUAAGUACCCUAAGGCCCGUUACCACUGGUUGGUGCUACCAUGGGCCUCCAUUUCCAGUCUGAAGGCUGUGACUAAAGAACAUCUUGAACUCCUCAAACAUAUGCACACUGUGGGAGGAAGGGUGAUUGCAGAUUUUGCUGGAUCCAGCAAGCUCCGCUUCCGAUUGGGCUACCAUGCCAUUCCUAGCAUGAGCCAUGUACACCUUCAUGUAAUCAGUCAAGAUUUUGAUUCUCCUUGCCUGAAAAACAAAAAACAUUGGAAUUCUUUCAAUACAGAAUACUUCCUGGAAUCACAAGCUGUGAUCAAGAUGGUACAAGAGGCUGGCAGAGUGACGGUCAAAGAAGGGACGUCUGAGCUCUUGAAGCUGCCCCUUCGUUGCCACGAGUGCCAGCAGCUGCUGCCUUCCAUUCCUCAGCUGAAGGAGCAUCUCAGGCAGCACUGGACGAAGUGAUGUGCAGAGCCCGAACGACUGCUGCGCCGUGGCCAGUUGGAGCAAACUGCUGGCACCCGUUCUGGGUUACUCGUGAAUGUCUGCUCAGUUCCUGAAUUAAAACAUGCAGCGGCUGGCUUUUU